CUGUUUUUUGUGACAAGAAACAGAGCAAGUCCACUAAAGUCUAAAGCAUUGUUGUGGAACUGUCUCGUUGUUCUAAUUUAAGUCAAACACCAAAGAAGACAUAGUCAACAUAAAGCAGCAUUGACCGCGAAUAGCAUUAGGUGAAAGGGCAAUGUCACAUAUGGUUUAAGAUAAAGGAGUCGUUGGGAUAAGGAGAAGAGAAGUCAAAAGAUGUGUCCUUUUCAAAAUCUCUGCUUUCUUAAAAACAAAUCACCAGAGAGACUUGAUCAAAACCACAAGACAAGAUGAUUAGAGCCCUGAGCACGAGGAAGGUUCGAGGAAGCUACAAGAUGCUCGGUGACGAAGAAGAAGCAGGCGCAGGGCUCUUAGAAGUGAAACCGGAGAGCGUUCCUACAAAUAUCCAUGGUCAAUCCCCGAAGGUGAAUAAACCGGUGGAGAAAACGGGGGGUUCGGUUCACCCUCUACUUAGUUUCUUCGAUAUGAGUCUAAAGAGGAAGAAGAAGACAAAGAAGAAGAGCACGACGACUGCAAAACCAGAAUUCGCUAGGUACUUGGAGUAUGUCAAGGAAGGAGGCGUUUGGGAUAACACUUCAAAUGGACCUGCCAUAUAUUACAGAUAGAUCGAAGAAAAAGAUUUCACAGAGGUUGUUUAUAUUUAUUUUCGGUUUGUUAUAUAACUUCUAUUUGAAUAAGAAAGAUGAAUACAUCAAAAGUGGAAAGCUCGUCUAUAAGCCAUUUUUUUUUUUUUUUUGAAUGUGUGGAGUGUGGACAAAUCCGGGUAUUUAAUUUUACUGUUUGAUAAGAUAAAUUCCCGGUUUAUUA